CCAUACCCUUUGUUUUCUUUCCUUUCGACAAGUGAUCCAACAUGAGACAGAACUUUAUUGGUAUGGUUGUCAGCAAUGCUAUGCAAAAGACUGUCAAGGUCAAAGUGGCAUCUCAAAAGCUUCAUCCUGUUGUUCUUAAAACCAUCAAAACACACAAAAACUACCUUGCUCAUGAUGAAAAAGGAGUAUGCAAGUUGGGUGAUAUUGUCCGUAUUGAAGCUACUAGACCAUUAAGUAAACACAAGCACUUUUCAGUUGCCGAGAUCAUUCGAAGUGUGAAGGGUUCAAUUACAGCAUAAAUCAUGAUGUAUAACAAUAAUAAACUGUAAAUAUAAAGAUAUUAUUUUUUUCUGGGUAACAAAGCAUAGAGCAUGGUGACAUACCAUGGUAAAAUGAUAUCUUAUCCAAUCAGAUAAAGAUCAAAGCAAUCUACUUUUUUUUUCUACAAAUAAUUUUUUUUUCUUUCUUUCUUUUGUUUUCUAUCACCAUGAGCAACUU